CCUCCGCACGCGCUCCCUCGCACCACGGACCCUACUUCGGGUCGUCACCUCCUACUUGAAUUUAAUGAAUUGAAUUAGCCCUCCCUAUCAAUUCAACAACUACCACCUAUCCACCUACCUACACGGAUCUCCCCAAUCGCGCAGCUCAGCUGCCACUUAUUACUACCACCAAACAACUACCACCCUCACACCCUCACACCUGCACGCCUCCGCGCGCUCUUGAACCAAAAUGUCGACACACUACAACACCGAACCCACCGCCACCGCCUCCGCAACCCUGCACACAACCCUAGGACCCCUACACAUCGCGCUCUUCGCCUCCCAAACGCCCCUAACAUGCCGCAACUUCCUCCAACACAUCCAAGACAACUACUACACAGGGACAAUCUUCCACCGAAUCAUCCCCAACUUCAUUCUCCAAGGCGGCGACCCAACCGGUACCGGCUCAGGCGGAACAAGCAUCUACGAGGAACCCGAAUUCGAAUACGACCCGACAGCGCGCGAUCCGAACGAGAAAGUAGUCCUGCGCGAUGAACUGCACAGCCGGUUACGAUUCAAUCGGCGUGGAUUGGUUGGGAUGGCGAAAGCCGAGGACGGGAGCUACGGGAGUCAGUUCUUCAUUACAUUGGGGGAUGCGAGUCGGGAGUUGAAUGGGCAGUGUACGUUGUUUGGGAGGAUCGAGGGAGAUAGUAUCUAUAAUGUGUUGAAGAUUGCGGAGGGAGAGGUGGUCGAGGGGACCGAGCGGCCGGUUUAUCCCAUUAGGGUUACCGGGUGUGAGGUGGGGGAGUUGGGGCCGUUGGAGGGGAAGAUUGUGAAGAGGGAUUUGACGGCGAGAAGUUCUGCGACUGCUGCUGGGGCUGGGGGUGAAGCGAAGGGUGGGAAGAAGGCAGCGCAGGCGAAGAAGAAGGGAAAGGCGAAGGGAGGGAAGACGCUGCUCAGCUUUGGUGAUGAUGAGGGUGAAGAGGGUGAGGAGAUGCCUGUCAGGCCGGCGAAACCGAAAUAUAAUGCUGCACUGGUGACGGAUAAUACAGCUGGGAGCGGCGAUGCGCCAGCAGAAAAGAAGAAGGAGAAGGUCAAGGCAAGGAAGACGUCACCCUCACCACCACCGCGCAAGCGCGCAUCGCCCACCCCUCCACCCAUUGACCGACCCAAGAGUCCCGACCCAGCGACGCAACUUCCUCUGCGCGAUCCUGAGUCUCCCGAGCGCUCUCCCAGCCCAGAAGAACAGCCAGCACAAAAGUCCAAACUCGAGCGAACCAACGCGGAGAUCGAAUCCCUGAAAGCGUCCAUGCGCCGCACCGUAACCACGGAGUCAGAUACAGGACGCAAGAAGUCCGCCUUGGAAGCCAUGAUCCCUCAAACAGCCAUCCGCGGCCGCAGACGCCCACCACCCGGAUCCUCAGCAAGUACCAGCGCCAGCAACGGCAUAACGGGCUUCUCUAGUACCAGCGACAACGCCGCACUGAAGAUGUUCAACGCUUUCAAAGCGAAACUCGAAAACGCGGACACUGCCCCUACCACCACCACUACGACCAGCAAACAACCCCAACCCAAACCCCAAACAGAGAAGGAAGAAGACGAGGAAGACGAGGAAUCCCAACUCUGCGAUCUCCACUUCAUCGUGAACUGCCAAUCAUGCAAAUCCUGGUCUGACAACAACGCAGCCGGCACUGAUGCCGCCGAAGGCAAUGAAGACAACCAAUUAGGCGACGACACAGACCAAGGCUGGUUAACGCACCAGCUCCGCUUCGGGAAAGAUACGCUGGGCAAGGAUCUGAAAUGGAAGAAAGAGCAUCCGGACGACGUGGAUAGCUUAAUGGUGAUUGAUCCGCGGGAGAAGGAGAAGGAUAUUGUUGCGUCCGGGUCCGGGUCUGGGAGGAAGAAGAGGGGGAUGAUGGAACGGGAUCGUGAGAGGGAUAGGAAGAGAGGGAGGGUGGGAGAUUUGGAGUGGGAGAAGGGGAGGAAGUAA